AUGAACCCGCCUCCGGCAGCCGGGGAAGAGAAGGGCGCUGCGGGAGGCGGCAGCCAGGCUUGCCGGGGAGCCGAAGGCGGCGGGGACCCCCGGGGUCCAGCCGCGGGAGCAGCCGACCCGCAGGAGCCCGGGCAGAAGGAAGAGUCUCUGGAAGAGAAGCUGAAGAGUUUAACCUUCAGGAAACAGGUGUCCUACAGGAAAGCAAUCUCCAGGUCUGGUCUUCAACAUUUGGCUCCUGUUCAAAACCUCAACAUUGCCAUCUCUAAUGGGCCAACGAAGGAGCCAAGAAUGGCACUGGAAUGGAGUGAAAAUGCAGUGAAUGGCGAGCACCUCUGGCUGGAGACCAACGUUUCUGGGGAUCUGUGUUACUUGGGGGAGGAGAGUUGUCAAGUUAAAUUCUCGAAGUCAGCCGUUCGGCGAAAAUGUGCUGCGUGUAAGAUUGUAGUCCACAAUGCCUGCAUGGAACAAUUAGAAAAGAUUAACUUCCGGUGUAAGCCAACUUUCCGAGAAGGCAGUUCUAGAUCUCCAAGAGAGAAUUUUGUUCGACAUCACUGGGUGCACAGGCGGCGGCAGGAGGGGAAGUGUAAACAGUGUGGAAAGGGGUUUCAGCAGAAAUUCUCCUUUCACAGUAAAGAGAUUGUGGCCAUCAGCUGUUCGUGGUGCAAGCAAGCGUUUCACAAUAAGGUCACCUGCUUCAUGCUGCAGCACAUUGAGGAGCCAUGUUCUCUAGGGGCUCAUGCGGCUGUAAUCGUACCUCCUACUUGGAUCAUUAAGGUGAAGAAACCUCAGAAUUCACUGAAAAAUUCAACCAGGCGGAAGAAAAGGACAUCUUUUAAAAGGAAAGCGAGCAAGAGAGGCAAUGAGGAAAACAAAGGCCGGCCAUUUGUGCUAAAACCCAUCUCUUCCCCACUCAUGAAGCCCUUACUUGUAUUCGUGAAUCCCAAAAGUGGAGGAAACCAGGGUACUAAGGUUCUCCAGAUGUUCAUGUGGUACUUGAAUCCACGCCAGGUCUUUGAUCUCUCUCAGGAAGGACCAAGAGAUGCGCUUGAAUUGUAUCGAAAAAUGCCAAAUUUGCGAAUCCUGGCCUGUGGAGGGGAUGGAACAGUGGGCUGGAUCCUUUCUAUCCUGGAUGAGUUGCAACUGAAUCCCCAGCCUCCUGUUGGUGUGCUUCCUCUUGGCACUGGGAAUGACCUGGCCCGCACUCUCAACUGGGGAGGGGGAUAUACCGAUGAGCCUGUCUCAAAAAUUCUUUGCCAUGUAGAAGAUGGGACCAUUGUCCAACUUGACCGGUGGAACCUACAGGUGGAGAGAAACCCUGAUCUACCCCAAGAUGAACUAGAGGAUGGAGCACGGAAGCUUCCCCUCAGUGUUUUCAAUAAUUACUUCAGCCUUGGAUUUGAUGCCCACGUCACUCUAGAAUUCCAUGAAUCUCGAGAAGCCAAUCCGGAGAAGUUCAAUAGCCGCUUUCGUAAUAAAAUGUUUUAUGCUGGGGCAGCAUUUUCAGACUUCCUUCAAAGAAGCUCUAGAGAUUUAUCCAAACAUGUGAAAGUUGUGUGUGAUGGCACAGACUUGACCCCAAAGAUUCAGGAGCUGAAGUUCCAGUGUAUAGUGUUUUUAAACAUACCCAGGUAUUGUGCUGGCACGAUGCCCUGGGGGAAUCCAGGAGACCACAGAGAAUUUGAACCUCAGCGGCAUGAUGAUGGUUACAUUGAGGUCAUUGGAUUCACCAUGGCAUCCUUGGCUGCUCUUCAGGUGGGAGGCCACGGAGAAAGGUUGCAUCAGUGCCGGGAGGUGACACUAUUGACAUACAAGUCCAUCCCCAUGCAAGUGGAUGGAGAGCCUUGCCGGCUGGCUCCCUCACUCAUCCGCAUCUCUUUGAGGAAUCAGGCCAAUAUGGUCCAGAAGAGCAAGAGGAGGACGUCUAUGCCUUUGCUCAAUGAUACCCCUAAAGUGCAUUCGGCUGACCUGAGGAGAGUCUCAGCUCCCCCCGAUUCCUUCACCAUUCCCCACUCUGUUCCAGAACGCCUGCGGAUCAGAGUGAACAGAAUUAGUUUACAAGAUUACGAGGGCCUGCAUUAUGACAAGGAAAAGCUCCGGGAAGCUUCCAUUCCUCUGGGAAUUAUCGUUGUACGAGGAGACUGUGACUUGGAGACUUGUCGUAUGUAUGUGGAUCGUCUGCAAGAGGAUUUGCAAUCAGUAACUUCAUCUACACAGCGAGUUCACUACCAGGAUCAGGAAACGUCUUUCCCACGAGUCCUAUCUGUACAAAGACUUUCCCCUAGAUGGUGCUUCCUAGAUGCAACUUCUGCUGAUCGCUUUUACCGCAUCGACAGAUCUCAGGAACAUUUACAUUUCGUGACAGAAAUUUCGCAGGACGAGAUUUUUAUCCUGGACCCAGAGCUGGUAGCAACGCAGUCUGCCGGGACACCUCCAGGAAUGCCUGAUCUGGUAGUAGAGCAGGCCUCUGGAAUAUCAGAUCGGUGGAACCCUGCCGUCCGAAAGCGCAUGCUGAGUGACAGCGGUCUAGGGAAGAUGUCCCCACACUACGAGGUACCUGAAAAACAAAAGGAGGCCAGCCAGACGCACAUGCUGCAGUCUCCAGUUUCUUCAGAAGAUCAAGCACUUUUACAGUCAGUAACAGCUGGUGAUUUUCUAAAAUUUAUAGAAUGCUGUCAAAAGGGAGCUAAUCUGUUAAUCCAAGGCCCUGACCAUUGUUCCUUGCUUCACCACGCAGCCAAGACUGGUCAUGGAGAGAUUGUGAAAUACAUCCUGGAGCAUGGUCCUUCAGAGUUACUGGAUAUGGCAGAUAGUGAAACGGGGGAGACGGCACUGCACAAGGCAGCCUGCCAGCGCCAUCGUGGUAUCUGCCAGCUCUUGGUGGAGGCCGGUGCAUCGUUGAGGAACACGGAUUCCAAGGGUAAGACACCGCGAGACAGGGCCCAGCAGGCUGGGGAUCCAGAUCUAGCAUCGUACCUGGAAAAUCGACAGAAUUUCCCAGGAGUUCCCCACGAGGACCUCGAGACGGCAGUGUGAUUUCUACAGUUUGGUGGGGGAGAGAAACCUUAGGAAAAUGCGGCUGCACCUGAACCGCUCAGGUACCACGCGAGGAAGAAACCCAUGGAAUCGACGGCGCGUCUCUCGCGAAAAAAUACCUGAAGAGAUGCCACCAGUUUCUAAGGGCUACUGGGACUUGCCACGAAACUCUCGUGAUUCCAGACAUUAGCCUGUAGGGAUAAAGGAGGAGACUCAAAGGUCUGUGGAAUCCACGGAUCUAGGAAAUUUACUCGUAUUGCUCUCAGCAAGUAGCAUGAAUGUCUCCCUUGUUCCUCUGCAUAAUUGGUUUGAAGACAAAACCUAGAAGGUGCAGGGGAAGAAACAAAACAACCCGAACAUUCAUAAAGCCCAGCCAAACAUCCCCUUCUUCCUUCUCUUGGCCACGGAACUCUUGUGCUCCCUUAUGUUUGCCCGACAUUCCUUCUCCCUCACUUUUCACAGUUGCCCAUCAGUCAAGUGAUGUUUGUUUAUCUCUGCACUAAAUCUUCAUGGCUGCUCAGCAGGGGAUAGGCAAUGCUUUGAAGAGAGCUAUGGGUGCCCAUGGCAAAACUGUACUUUUUAAAUAACGAGUUUCCCCUUUAUAUUCCCUUAGAGGUUGCAUUGCCAGAGAGCUGCCACUUGCUUUGAACAUAUUUCCUCUUCUGUCUGACUCUCAUAUGCACCAGGACUGUGGCAGAAUAAAUCAUGAAGAAGGGGAAGAGAUUUAUUAUGAAUCUGAAAGGGGUAAAGUUACUAUGUGAUGGUGGACCAAAGAGAAAACUGGUCAGAUGUUGGGAUGUACAAAACCUCCGUGAGGAAAGUGAGCUGGUCAAAUUCCUUUGGCUUCCAGGAAAGUUCCUCAAAUGUUUUGUCUGAGGACAAACUUCCAUAAUUCACUUUGAAAUUUUGCUUUUGGCAAAAUCCGGUCACAACCUCUGGAUGUGUGGAAUUCACCUGAGAAUUUCUGCUCCUCGUAUUCAAUGUGGUGGCUAGUCUAAUAUGGAUUUUUCAUUACCUCUGUUGAUCAUGACAGGCUGGCUAUGUUUAGCCCUGCAUCUUGUCUGAAAUUAGCCAUAUUUUGCUGCCAAUCAGAAUA